CCAGUUGAAUCUGCUUGAUAAACAAAAAAAAUAGCACAUGUGUGUUUGUUUAUAUUUCCAUAGCACCCAUUUAUUUUUACAUCUUUUUUCUUGUGAUAUUCGUGUUUUGAUUUUGUUAACCCGGCACAAGUUAAAAACCCAUUCUGGAGCAUAUGCCGGAAAACAAACCUCCAUCCUUCCUUCAUUUUUAUAUCUUUAAAAAUGAGUGAAUUUUAUUUCCCUGAAAAUUAUUACAUGGAUAUACGAUUAGAUUUCGGAGAACAAUACGGUGAAACUGAAAUUCCAAUGGACAUUAAACAAUUUAAAUAUUCUAUAUUUUUAGCUUUAAAAACUCUACAUGGGGAUAUGGGAUGCAGCAUUCCAUUUGAUAUUUUAAAAUAUAGAGAAAAAGACAGAAGAGCAAUCAUUCGAUUUCAGUCCAAACAUAUUACAGCAAUAUGGAGUGCUCUCACUUUAUUUUCCUCAUAUGAUGAUUUAGAAUGCACAUUUAAGGUUUAUAAGGCAACUCCAGUCCUUGCCUGUUUAAAUUUAAAUAGCUCUAUAUACAAUCAUAAAGAACAAGACAAAUGUAUGGAAAAAUAAAUAUAUGUAUAUAAACUGUAAAAAUAAAACAUUUGUAUACUUAUAAUAAAGCUCAAUAUGUGUGUAGCGCUGUAC